GCCGAUAAUCAACUGCCUUGUUAAGAUUGAAACAUUUUUGUUCGCUUGAUGAGCAGUACCAACUUUUCAGUAAGGAGUAGGGACAUCGAGUCAGGGACUCAGAAGAGCCGCUAGGGACAUCGAGCUACCAAACCACUGUGCACUGCCAUGGCCGCUGCGAUAUUCGUAAAGCAUCAAUCUUCGUGCACGCGGUACUGACACGAAGCUCUGGAGUGAUGCCGAUCAGGAAAGCGAUCGCUCUGAACGCAAGACCACAUUAGUAAGGACGUGAGCCCAGAAUUACCAGAACCCGGUUCGUCAUAUUCACUGUAUGCUGGGCGGUGCAGCCCGACGGGCGGAUCGCACGGAGCUAGUGGGGCUGCGGCAUGCGGACAUAAACAUGGAGCUCGAGGACCCGGUCGCGUCGUCGCGGCGAAACAAGAGGCAGCACCGGCGGCUAGUGCGCUUCGAGGAGAACUGGCCGGGGCGCAACAAGUUUUUCUGGAACGGAGCCCUGGUCACCGGGCCGGACGUGCAAAACCUCGUCAUCACUGCCGGACUCAUUGUUCUGCCGGUCGUCCUGCUGUUUUCCAUGGUUCUCCCGAUUAUGUGUCCAGCCGACUCGGAAUUCUACGUAGAGCAGUUCUGCGGACCGAAAACCAGUCACGGUAGGCAACUGGGUGACGUGGAUACUUUCGACGCGGAGAACUACAGGUCACUGGGUAUAGAAGCCGACGCUGAGCGAGAUUUUUACAAAACAACCUCAGCUGCGGUCGUGACAGGUGGCAAACAUGUUGGCCCAGAGCAAAUCAGUAGGGCUGUAUCCUCCACUUCAGCAGUCCCUGCGGCAACCGCAACACAAGUGCAUAUUGGUAGUAGUGCGAAGCCAGUGGCCUCAAGUUCAACAAAACCGUUCUUGGACCACAGACGGCAAGCGACAUCUUCUGUUGCAACCGGCAAGACCAGUCCGAUCGCACAAGCGCCGUCCGCGUCUUUGCUGCAGCACAGCUACCGUCCUCUGACAACUACGAAUAGCACAGGGGGAGCGUCAUUAACAACCACAAUAUCAUCCACUUCCGAACAAAACCGCGCCCGGUACCGAGGCAAGCAGGAGCUACCCGGGCACCAGUACUGGGCGAUCGUGCCUUUAACCCUGUUCCUCACCGCCCUGACACUAGUCACCUACUUCCGCACUGCCUGCACAGAUCCCGGGAUCAUACCCCGUGAAAGUCUGUAUCCCGCGGCGGUCGGCGGGGACGAGGAGUACAGUAAAAACGGCAGCCGGUCCGUCGCUGCGAUGAUGGACGAUUACGACCUCUGCCGCGAAGUCGUCCCAAAUGGCAGCGUGCACAUUCCAGGCGGGUCGCCUGAAGCAGAAGUAGUCGGCAGCAGAAGUGGUAGGGAGCGUGCGGAGAGCCGGGGCGGCAUCGAGCUGCAGGAGGGGGAGCAUAGAGCGGCGGACGAGGAGAAUUAUAGCAGAAGUAGUAGUCCAUCUGGUAAGAAGAAAAGCAAAGAUAUUAGACUAGACCACGAGAACUACACAAAUGAACAAGAACUCCAGAGAAUGCAAGACCAGCGGAAAACCAAAUUGUCGGCGUCGAUUAGUGGCGGUGGCACUGCUGGUGCGCAUGCUGGUAGUGCAGGUUCAUCUGUAGAGCAAUACCAACUACACCAACCGGACGACCGCGAGCGCUACGCGGUGAAUAUGAAUCGCGUGUUACCGCGAGAUAACAACAGCUACAGCUGGAGCCAGACGCUCGGCGGUGGCACAAGAAGUACUUCUAAUGCGAAACCAGAAAUCGAGGAGAUCGUGAACGGGGUCCGCUUGCGGCGGAAGUGGUGCACCACGUGCAAUCUGUACCGGCCGAGCCGCGCGAAGCACUGUCGUGAGUGCAACAACUGCGUGCACCGGUUCGACCACCAUUGUCCAUGGAUCAACAACUGCGUCGGGCUGAGGAACCACAAAUACUUCGUGCUGUUUCUCUUCUCGACGUUCUUCCUCUGCGCCUGGGUGUUGACCGUCUCCGCGACCACCGUCUUCGUGCAGAGUCCGAAGAGCUUCAACGCCGCCAUGCGGUCGUUCGGGCGGAAAGGUGCGGCCAGCUUUUUGUUUUUCUACAGCUUCGUGUUCGGCAUCGCGGUGUUCAACCUGGGCUGCUUCCACAUCUGGCUGAUCUCCCAGAAUUUGACCACCAACGAGGAAAUGACCCGACCCUACCCGGACGAAAAGAACCCCUUCUCCAUGGGCGUGCGCCGCAACUGCCGCCUCUUUUGGUGGGGGCCUGUAGAGCGGUCUCUGUUGGGCGGGUUCGUGUACAGUGCCGCGUCCGAGGAGGAACGCAGGGCGGAGAGGCUUGCGGCCGGGUCUGUGCCUCUCGACGCUGAGUUUUGACCCAUAGCUAUAGCGAGAAACAAAACAUAGAAGAUCACAACGCAUCGUGCAUGUUGUACCAACGAAAAUCAGGCCUACUGUUGUUCUCGCCGAGCCGCGCGGCCAGUACUACCAGGAGC